GCCUACACUUUCGAUCGAUCGAUAUCUUUCUCAUCAACAAAGCUGUCCGCCAUUUCCUCCUCCUACUACGUCCAGCUAGCAAAAAACAAAAAACAAAAAAUGGCGACUCACCAAAUGAUCGCCUUCCUUCUCCUCGCUCUCUCCAUUAUUACUGAAGCUUCCUCCUCCACCAUCGUGAACCCGUCAUCUCAAUGCUACACUUCCCUCUUCAGCUUCGGAGACUCCGCCACCGCCGCCGGCAUCUACACCAAAGACCUCGCCCCGGGAACCGAAUCCCCGCACUGCGCAUUCACGCCCUACGGCGAGACCUACUUCCACCGCCCCACCGGCCGGUGCAGCGACGGCCGGAACAUCGUCGACUUCCUCGCUCAGCACCUCGGCCUCCCCUUGCUCCCUCCUUAUCACGGAGAGUACCCGAGCGCCAACUCCACUUCUUUCCUCCAGGGUGCCAACUUCGCCGUCGUCUCCGCCACCGUCUUGGACUUUGAGUUCCUCAAGGGCAGAGGCAUCGUCAGCUGCCAAAACUGCUCGCUCAGCGUCCAGCUGGCAAGGUUCAAGACCCUGCUUGGGACGCUGUGCUCCACUCCUUUGGAAUGCAGAGAGUAUCUGAAGAGCUCCCUCAUCUUGCUCGGAGAAAUCGGCGGCGUCGACUACAUGCGCGCGGCUUUCGAGAAUCUGGAUUCUGGCGGGGAUGUCGUCGAGGAGCUGAUGCCGAUCGUGGUCGGACGAAUCGGAUCGGCUAUCGAAGAGAUGAUCAAGCUUGGAGCGGUUCAUUUCCUAGUCCCCGGGGACUUCCCAAAGGGUUGUUUCCCCGCCUACCUCACGCAAUUUCAGACCACCAACCGGAGCGACUACGACGCUCUCACCGGCUGCCUGAUCCGUCACAACGGCGUCUCCAGCAGCCACAACGCAAUGCUUCGUGACGAAAUCCAACGGGUGCAAAACCUCCAUCCCGACGUCAGCAUCCACUACGCGGAUUACUAUGGGCCCUCGAUUCGGAUGCACCAGGACCCGAUUAAGUACGGGAUGGGCCGAGCGACGGUAAACCAGGCCUGUUGUGGAGCGGGCGGGCCGUACAAUUACGACCCGUCGGCGGUGUGCGGACGGCCGGGGGCAGUUGCCUGUGAGGAUCCGAAGAGUUACGUGAUGUGGGAUGAUCAUCACUGCACCGAGGCGGCGAAUGCGGUGAUUGCAGCGGAGGUGGUGCGAGGCCCGUCGUUCGGCUUGGGUUGCGGCCGCGGGAAGCAACCGGCGCCGGAAAGUUUCACUGCGGCGGAAUGAUGGUUAUAAAACUUGUGCGGCGGUUAAGAUAAGAAUUCACAUAUUUGUAAUGGGAAAAGCGGGGCGUAAUGAAUAAAAAAAUUAUAU